AUGGGGUUCCCCUCUGGUAUCGUUCUGGUUCUGAAGCGCGACUGGACUCCCGAAAAUCGGAUUUGCAGAAGUUUCCGUUCCGACGGCUCUGGGGGACCUUUCAUCCCAAAACCUAUCAUCCUGCAAAAAGGUUUCGUUGCCUGGCUUCCAAGACAAGAACCAUCCCGGACACCCGGGGACUAUCGCGAAUGGGUUGCCAUCGCGCUCUACUACCCGUCUUCACCGGUUCUCUUGGAUUCAAAUAGAAGCGGGAGUGUUCUUUGGGAUUCCUUGGAAGACUACUACUACCCGAAUGAUAUUCGCCUGGCACAGGUUCCGGUCUCUUAUCUCAGCGCCGAAGUCUUUGUUUUUCGAGAUUUCGUGCCUGGAGUACCCGAAUACGAUACUCUCGUCGCCCAGCACCCUCAUGGAGAGGUAGGCAUCUUUCUGAAAGGCGACGUAGCCACGCACGAGGAAUUCUCCAUGUGCCCUCCCACGAUUCUCAGAGUCCGCGGUGCUGAUCGGACCGCCGAUGGACAAAGAAGACACUGUCUCAUUCCUUACAGCUUUGUGAGAUAUGGGAUCCCACCCGGCCCGAAGAACCGAACCUUUGGUCCGAAGCUUUGAAAUAGUCUCUGAACUAUUCCAGAUUGACGAUGGCAUCUAUGUACGUUUGGCUCGGUAAGCUGUAUUCUCGGGCUAAUGGAUCAGAGUAGGAAGCUGACAGCGAUAGAGUUGGCAAUGACUGCACUUUCCAAGGGAUGUUUAGGAAGCAAAACGAAGUCGAGAACAAGAAACCUUCGCAGGCCAGGCGGGUUAUAGCUCUCGCAGCUUCUGCAGCAGGAUACAUCAACAGAACACCAGGCCUCCCUGUACC